UACCAAUUUACAUCAUGGGUGUCACUGUAGAAUCUAUCUCUCCCGGCGACGGUAAAACGUUCCCUAAGAAAGGUGAUAAGGUACAAAUUCACUACAUCGGUACUCUUCUGGAUGGUAGUGUGUUUGACUCGAGUCGGGAUCGAGGAUCCCCGUUCGAGACAGAAAUUGGUGUCGGUAAGGUGAUCAGGGGCUGGGACGAGGGCGUUCCCCAACUAUCACUGGGUCAAAAGGCCAUUCUCACCGCUACCCCCGACUAUGCGUAUGGUUCUCGCGGCUUCCCACCGGUGAUACCGCCAAAUUCGCCGCUCAAAUUUGAGGUUGAGCUACUGAAGAUCAACUGACUCUGCAUGACCGAUUUGUCCGCUGUGAUUCGUUGGGUGGGGCACCUCGCGUCCCGUAUGUUUUCUUGACCACAUUUGUAUUCUUCUGCAAUAGUGUAUGUUCUCUGUACUCUAGCAAAACCGCGCAUUUUCCAUCCA